AUGACGUCGCUCACUACUUUAUUCAACGUCGGGCCAGAAGAGUACGUCGAGUUCAACGAGUCACUAGGCAGCAAAGCCUUCCUAGAGCACGUCUGGGAUCAAGAGACUACGCCGCUCAAGCAAGGAGAAACCGCCGACUCUCGUCUCCGCAGCGCCGGAGCCCGUCUCUCGUCCACCACACCACCUAGCAUCGAGUUCCCCACAAUCCACCGCGUCAAAGGCCAAGGAAACUCGUAUCGCUUCACCGGCCGGUGGAUAGCGUGGGAAGAGCUACAUCGACGUCACCCCAUGGCGGUGUCUUCCCCGCCCGACGUGGAAGCUUUUCAGCGGCGAGGAGCCAAAGUGGGGGAAGGGGAGAGGCUUGGCGCAGGGGAGUGGUUGGGAGAAGAGAGCUUGAGUGCCGCAGCGAGGAGGAGAGGGGGAGGAAUAGAGAAGAAGGAGACGAGAGAAAAUGACGGAUGGAUAGGGAGGGGAAGUAGCCAGAGCAGGUAUGCGCCCAAGCCUGCGGGCGCAGCUUCAGCGGCCGCACCGCCUGCGCCGCUUCCUGCUGCUACGCCGCUCCUCCAAAGCAAUGGCUUUGCAACCUCCUCCUCAGCAUCACCAGCUCCUCGCUCCACGUCCCUCUUGGAUCGCUUCACUUCGCCCGGCGAGGACGAGCAGCAGCGCCGCCAAGGGCCAGCGCCAGCUGCUCCAGCUGCCCCCUUCCCGAACUCUCCCAAGACACCAGCUCGCAACAGGCCACCCCAGCUAGACCUCAACUCCACUCCUGUCCACAUGAGGCCGUUCAGCCUCCCGCUCGUUUCCCCUUCGACGACGAGGACGCCGCUCAGCGCUACAGCCCCUCUGCCGGAGACGCCGCUGAAGCACGGGACGAACCUGCCCUCCACCAAUGCUCCGAACGCAGCAGCACCAGCAGUAGCCCCGAGUGCUUCCGGCUCAACAGCCCGCCAAGCACUCUCUGAGCGCCGUCAUAGACCGCAUGUCCCACCCAUCUCACCAGCAGCGCACGAAGAAGCCACUCGUGGCUUGGGGCUCGGCCUGGGGCUCACUCCCACCCGCCCUACGGCUUUCGCGGCUGGGGGACCCCUGUCACCUGUAAACACGAGACGGGUCGAGCUACCCACUAUCCCCGCUUCUGAAGCGGGUCGCGAUGAUACUGAUGAGGAGGGCGAGGGUGAGGCGACGUACAAGGCGGGAGAGGGACUUGGAGGAGCUUCUCACGAGACGGUCGGCGUUGGCGCUGGCGGGAGAGACGAAGCGGUUGAUCAAAUCGAGUCGAUGCUCCUGCGACUACGUACGGCGAAGACUGGGUUGAAGACCGCGGGAAGCUCUGCUAGUCGAUGGGCUACCCCGCCCGCGCAGAAGGCUGCACUUUUGCCGGCUGAGUCAGAGCCCGCAGCGCCUCGUUCACGAGCUGCUGCGCAUCAGCCAGACCCCGAAAGCGAGGACGAGGGCGAGUCGACGCCUGUGGUGGCAAAGGUCAGCGGGGAUGACCAGCAGAAAGGCUGGGAUCUACUCUCCCGGCUCGGACCCGCAGCUCCCUCCUCCUCAACCUCCGAGGCCAUCCUCUCGCCGCCGCUUCUAGAUCUGAACGGGCAGCCGACUAGCUCAGCUGCAGGAGGAAAGGAGGGGAAGCCCACGACGAAAAGAGAAAAGCAGGGGAGAAAGGUGUCCGGCAAAGGAUUGGGUCUGAACCCACCAGCAGCGCCGGAGUCACUCCCACCGCCCACUCCACGUCUUGAUGGUGACGAGGGGGCUUUUGGAGACAAGCUCAUCGAGAAGGAUGUCGCUUCGUCACCGCCACUGCCGACUGCGCCGCGUGCUAUGAGGCAAAAGGACGAGGACCCAGAACCGGUGGCGGCCCCGCCUGCUGGAGAGGAGCGAAUGAAAGCAGAAGAGGUCGAGACGCCCAAGGCGGAGGAGCCCAGCGCUUCCGCUCCCCUGCGACCCGCUGCGCCGCCUUCUUCUCCGCCCAGGGAUCGCGCCGAAGAGCCGGGGACUCCCACCACACCAGCACCAGCUCCGGCCUCCUCAAGUCCUCCUCCCUCUACGCCCACCAUCCCGCAGUCUCCAACAGCCCACGGCAGCCUAGCCAGUCCCCUCUCACCGUCCACCUCCUUUUCCUCCUCCCAGCACUUCGACUGGGCAGCAGACGAGGACGACGACGAGGACGCUCUGCCUGAUCUGACCGACUGGGGUGUCGAGCUUCCGACCAGUGGGAGCGCACCCAGCAUCAGUACGACUGGGCCAUCCUCAGAGGUCAACGAGGAGACAAAGCCAGCACAAUCGGUGCAGCGUGAGCUCCUUCCUGCGAAGCAUGCGCCUACGAAGGGUGGCCGUGGAGGAGGCAAGACAGGAGGCGGCGUGAGCAAUGGCGCCUCAACGUCAGCGGCAAGCAACCCGGCAUACGCAGCCUGGCGCCGUGGAGACAGAGCAUCUUCUGUGCCUCUCUCCUCGUCUUCUCAGAAGGCUCCGACGCGAGAGCUCUUCCCCUCCACCACGUCCUCGGCCACAUCACCACACCCUUCUCAGCUGCAAGCAAGCAGAGCAGACGGGGACUGGAAAGCUGCUCGUGUCGCUACACUGGCCGCGGAGGAGAAGCGCGAGCCCAAGAAUGGUAAGGUCAAGACGGCCAGAGCGACGCCGUCUUCUGUGGCAGCCAAUGCGGCGAUUGCUGCUGCUACCACGCAGGGGGGCGGCGUAAAGAAGAAGGCCUCAAAGAAGACGCUGAAGGGAGGAGCUACGGAGGGAGUUGCACCUGGCACUCCGGCCAUGCCUUCCUCGACGACAUCGGCACCACAGCCGCAGGGCAUGCGGAUCGCCGGUAUCGCGAAUAGCGGCAGGUCCGUCUCCUCGGCAGCUUCUUCGGCUUCGAAGCAGCACGCCCCUUCUGCACCAGCAGCACGAGCUAGUGUUGUCACGCCUGCUUCACCGCCCAAGGGUCCUCGAGCGGACAGGGACAAGGGCAAAGUUGCUGUCGGUGGUAGUUCGGGUGGGAAGAAGGGGAGUCGUAAGUAG